UCCAAUGAGAGGGCGAGGCGGGCCGGGGCCGGCACCAAGGCCCAGUGCGCGGGAAAGGAGCUGGCCCAGGGGGCAGAGACCGGGCCGGCCGAGGGCGGGAGGCGGGGGGAGGCUGGGCCCGGCGACAUGAAGUGCCUCGUGACGGGGGGAAACGUGCGGGUGCUGGGUAAGGCCGCGCACUCGCUGUCGCGCAUCGGAGACGAGCUGUACCUGGAGCCGCUGGAGAACGGGCUCUCGCUGCGCACGGUGAACGCGUCGCGCUCGGCCUUCGCGUGCUUCCUCUUCGCCCCGCUCUUCUUCCAGCACUACCAGGCUGCGCGGCCCCCGCAGGCGCAGCCGCCGCGCUGCAAGGUCCUCAUGAAGUCCUUCCUGUCCGUGUUCCGCUCGCCGGUGGCCCUGGAGAAGACGGUGGAGCGCUGCUGCAUCGCCCUGAGCCCGGAAAGCAGCCGCCUGGUCAUCCAGCUGCACUGCAAGCACGGUGUGACCAAGACCCACAACCUGUCUUUCCAGGAGUGCGAGUCCCUCCAGGCCAUCUUCGACCCGGCCCAGUGCCCGAACCUGCUCCGUGCCCCUGCCCGGGUGUUGGUGGAGGCCGUGGCACCCUUCUCCCCAGCGCUCUCAGAGGUGACGCUGGGUGUGAGCCCGGGCCGCAGGGUUGUCUUCCGAAGUUACCUGGAGGAGGACACAGAUGCUACCAAGGCCAUGAUGACAGAGAUGAGCCUCAACGAGGAGGAGUUCCAGCAGCUGGAGGCCCAGGAGGGAGCGUCCAUCACUUUCUGCCUCAAGGAGUUCCGGGGUCUCCUGAGCUUUGCGGAGUCUGCUAACCUGCCCCUCAACAUCCACUUCGAUGUUCCUGGCAGGCCGGCCAUCUUCACCAUUGAGGAUUCGCUACUGGAUGGCCACUUUGUACUGGCCACCCUCUCUGAGCCUGACCUCUGCUCUCAGGAGCCUUCUCGACCUGGGCAGGGGGCUCACAGCACAAUGCACCUGGACGACUUUGCCAAUGACGACAUUGACUCUUACAUGAUCGCCAUGGAAACUACUGUGUGUGAAGGGGCAGCGGUGGCCCCCUGCACCCCUUCCCCUUUGUCUGAAGAAGAGGAGGCAGAGCCCAGUGUGGUGCCUGGGACCCCUCCCCUAAAAAAGUUCCGGUCCCUGUUCUUUGGCUCAGUAUUGGCCCCGACAGAACCUCCCUGUGAGCCCAACCCAGUACUAGCAGAAGACAGUGAUGGGGAGGGCUGACUCCUGCUCCCCGGGGACACCAGCGGCUGUGUCACCUUCUCAGGAGGAAAGUGGGGCGACUGCUCCCCUGCCUGCCUGGUUUGUGCUGGGAAAGGCCUGAACGAUGCUUGUGGCCGUCCUGAUGGAGAUGGAGAAGAGCUUGGGCCCAGAGGGGACGGCCAGCCCAGGCAGCACCUCCUCCCACAAUAAAGACUCCCAAGUCCUGAAGCA